AUGCUUGCGUUCAUCCUGCUUGUUAGAACCGCUGUUUUCGUAUUUGGAGUACCUGGUAACUGCCUGAUCCUGCGUGUCUACUGGACCAAGGCACGUAAGACCAGCACCAACGUUCUGAUCAUGGCCUUAGCCUGGGCUGAUCUGUCCGUUUGCCUUUCCAUGACUGUCAACAUUGUGGGAUAUGCUCUAGAAUGUGGAGGCAACGGUGGAGACUUUAUAAUUUUCUGGUUGAUGGCGACAGUUGUGAGAAUUGGUGUGGCUGCUUCGCUUGGUAUCACCGCCGUGAUUGCUGUGGAUCGCUAUGACUGCAUAUGCCGGCCACAAAGGCGGUAUUGCACGCCAAGAUGGGCCAAGGUAGCUGUUUUCGGUGUCAUGCUGUUCUCAGUUAUAGUAAAUAUUCCUGGAGGCAUCAACGAAUACCCGCUGUACCCGCCCACGUUAGGCAUAUACAUACUUGAGCCAGUUUCCCAAACUACAGCUGUGUUAAUUGCACUUGUUAUCAUCGUGCUGUGUUACGGGAAAGUUUACGCAGCGAUUUUAAAACACGUAAAAGUCGAAGGCAUCCCCGAACGUACAUUGACGCAAGACGAUCAGAUGCAGGUCGCUUCCAAGAUUGACAAGGACCGAACGAUGCCAUCGACCCAAUCCACUAUGCCAAGGAGAGUUCAACUGAGUGCUAUCCAUAGUCACGCGACCAAAACGGGAAACGGUUCCGAACGCAACAGUAAAUGUUCGGCAAAGCCGACAUCACAUGGUUUGUCUCGAAUCGAUGCUCAUAGUACGCCUAUUGUCGACAACGAAGUGUCGACAGUUAAUUUGCCAAAUUCCAUAUGUACGACUCGUGCAUCUACUUCCAGGCCGGACAUUCCUGAGGUGCCCCAAAAUGCAAAUGGUAAGCUGGUACAUCCUGCUGAGCGUGAUUCCAAAGUUGGCCUGAAAAGCGUUUCCCAAGCAGUUUCAGAGCAAGGCUGUAGUAAGGGCGGGGACACGAACCACCGUGAAGCAACGGACACUGGGAGAAGACACGCCCCUAAAAGGGUGGUAGGUACAGUCCUACAGCGUAAGACAACAAAAAUGCUCUUCAUUACCACUGUGGUGUUCCUGCUGACGUGGCUACCAGAUCUGAUCAGUAAUGCUAUGGAAAUUGCUUAUUUCGCAGGUAGUGACAUAGACCCCGAGAGUACAUUUCGCAUAAUAUUGGACUGGCUGUCUUUCACCAUAUUCAUCAACAAUGCCAUCAAUCCAUUGAUCUACGGACUGGCAAACAAACGAUUCAGGAAAGACUGCAAGGGGGCAUUCCGCAAAAUCAGACGCUAA